AUGCCGAUCAAGGCCAUGCUUUUUACGGUGGUGGUGGCGGCUUCGACAGCCGCCGGUUGUGCAGCAACAGUGAAGCAUGACUUAGCAGCCACGGCCACGCCGGCGUCCGACACACAGGUCAAGUGCGCCUGCUACCCCUGCGAGUGCCCGCAAAAUCCACCGCCGCCGCCUCCGAAGUGGCCCGUGCCGUAUUGUCCACCUCCGCCCCCGCCGUUGUAUCUGGACAUAAUAGGCACGCCAGCUCAUAUGUACCCGUUCGAUCCUUCGUACUACCCCUCGAGCGCUUGCCGUAGCUUCCCCGGGACGAUGCUGGUCUUCCUGCUCUCCGGCCUGGUCGCACUGUCGAAGCUCUGGUGA